GUGUUGACUUGAUGGGGUGUGUUGGUGCUGCAGGGUGUUGACUUCAUGGGGUGUGUUGAGGGUGCUGUGUUCUCAACAAGGAUGGUUUGCAAAUGUGUUGGAGAGGAGGGCAGCACCCUGGUCUGGCACAGUGCUUCUGUCAAUGGACACCUCACCAUUGUUUGUGAGUGACCCAAGAGAGGUGGAGGAGGAGGAGCAUCAGAGGCUGUUUGGUGCCAUUGGAAGCUCAGAGGUGGACAUCCUGGUGCUGGUGGACGGACAGCUUUCUCUGGUGGUGCUUGAGCUAAAGGACGGCAAGUUGAUGCGUCUCACAGGGCUGGAGUGUGAGAAGGUCAGCUCUUGUCAGCGCAGACUGCUCUUCAGGAUGGCUAGUGACCCCAAACCAGACCAGGCACAGAUGUUGGUGGAGGACACACCAGCCUCAGUCACUGCUGCUGCUGCCACCACAGCCACUCCACCUGCUCCACCUGCCACUCCACUAGCACUGAAUGUGGAUUCUGAUGUGUUGGAGUUCACGAGGGAAAUGGUGGAGCAAAGAAGCACUGCCAGACCAGGGUGCCACCCUCCUCUCGAACACAUAUGCAAACCAUCCUUGUUGAGAACACUGCACCCUCAACACACCCCAUGAAGUCAACACCCUGCACCAACACACCACGUUCCACCGUCGGGCCAAUCACGUCCAUCAUUAUGAAACACUUUGACAAGGAUAUGGUUCUGUUUUUGGCCUCGCUUGGCAAUGGAACCAUCGGAAACCUUCAAAAUGUCGUAAGUUCUGUUAUUUUUUGCUACUCCACCAAACUUCAUCACCUCCACAACCACUCCUGCAGUGGAUGUUUUGAAAUGGGGCACCACAGCAGACAGUGGCUCCAGUGCAUAUCUGUUCCACGCCCUGCUCCUCCUCAUGGUGAUGCUGGCACAGAGAUACAUCAGCACACCACACACACAUUUAUACCACCACCACCGCCAUCGCCAUCGCCACACUCCCUGGACGCUGGUGUUGUAAGAUGUGGCCUGAAAUACAAACAGCAGUGUCACUCGCCACCUUACAAACACACCA